AUGCGUAAAAGUACAAGGCUACAACGUCUCGACCAAACGUCGCGGCCUGAAUCAUCUGGUCCUGUGUAUGCAGCCACGCCCAUCGCGACCGUGACGCUCGGCGCCCUCGAUGCCCUACCGGCCGAGCUGCUCAUGUUCCUCAUCUCCCUGCUCGACACCCAGAGCCUUGCGCGUCUCUUGCAGCUCAAUUCGGCCUUCUACGCACUCGCCAUCGACACAGUCUAUACCCACAUCCGCGUCUUUGGCGCUUGCCGCCCGCCGCCCGCUAUACCGCUGCAGGGCCGCAACGUGCACCUCGCCAAGCUCGUCCGCCGGGUCGACGUGCACGCGCACGGCGUCUCCGAGUGCGCCAUCCCUCCCACCUGUCCUUCCUACGCGGCGUUCGUCAAGGAGUUCGGCUUCUUGGGUCCACUGCCGCACAUGCACACCCUCCGUAUCUACAUCGACGCCCCUGAUAUUCGUCGACGGGGGGAGAAUGCUCGGGUGCACAUCGGCCACGAAGAGUUGCCCUGCUCGAUCCUCGCCAACCUCCGGCCCAGGAAGCUAAUCCUGCGUGGACCGACACUGUUUGCCUCUUGGCCCCGUCUAUUGGCCGAUCCAGAGUUCAGGAUGCACGGGGAGCUGAUUGAGCGCGUCGAGCAGCUCGUCGUUGUCCUCGAGGAAGACUCGAAGCACGGCCACGUCAUGAUCAACACGGCACUUCUGCUGGAAGUCGGCCAGUGCAUGACCCAGGCAACAUUUGUCUUCUUGCCGCUGCGACGCGGGAAGCGGAUUCUGCAGUCGUGGUCCCCCAAACGUUUCGUUUUCAACUUGGUGAGAGGGCUGAUCGACCAUGUCCUCCAGAGUGAUCCGGACCAUAGACUCCGUUUGACCUUCGUCAAUGUCAGUGUGGUCGGACGGCGGCCAGCGAGUGGCGGCGCAACGAACGCUGAGGAUGAUGACGACGAGUCUGGCGAGGAAGCCAACAACCCUGAUGGUGGCGACGGCGACGACGACGAUGAGCCGAGCCUGAACGCCACCAGGCAGCGGACCUUUGAGCGCCUGAUCCGCGGUCAGGUGGAAUCCUCGAAUGCCCAACGUGGUAGCCUCGCUUACGAUGUGACCCGCCGUCACGAGAUGAUCCGGUUCAUUACUAUGGACGAAUACCUGGCCGAGCCCGGCAUACUGGACGUGCUGGAUGCGGAUGAGCUGUCAGAGUGGCUGUGA